AUGGCAGCCGCCGACCCGACAUAUCCCUUCUACCCCGUCGCUUGCCUCCUGUCUUCGGCGAUGCUGCUCCUUGUACUGCUGACCAGCUUUGUGCGUCAGAGUUGGAACCUCGGCGUUGUCUUUCUGUGUUUCUGGCUCUUCUUCGAAACCCUUACCUUGGGCAUCAACGCUAUCAUAUGGUCCCACAAUGCCGACGUCAAGCUGUAUGUGUAUUGUGACAUCGUCUCACACCUGCAGAUAAUCACUUCGGUUGUGAAACCUAUGGCCACUCUGAUCAUCGCGCGCCGAUUGUAUUUGAUUACCAGCCUACGAUCCAUAGAGCCUCCUACAAAAGUGGCGAGAAGCAGAAAUCUCGCGAUAGAGUGGACUCUCGGGUUCGGAGUUCCUCUCCUCGUUGCAGGACCACUUUACUACGUUGUCCAGGGUGCUCGAUUUCAGGUUGACGAGGGUUGGGGCUGCAGUGAUGCCCCCGACCAAUCAAUACUCACCGUCUUGCUUCUUAAUUCAUGGAGUGUGAUACCACCCCUGGUGUCCAUCACUAUGUAUUACCCUCAUGUGGCCCGAACCUUUUAUCACCAUAAUCGGGAGAUCAACCGGUUCCUACAGAGCAAUAAUUCGGUGACCCGCCCCAACUACUUCCGCAUUCUUGCCCUCGCAAGUAUCGAUAUUCUGCUCACCUUGCCUGUGGGCAUUGCGACCAUUGUCUUAACCGUGAAAGACAAUUUGUCUGUCGGCCACGUCCCAUUCUACUAUGGCUGGACGUUAGACCACACGGGCUGGCAGCCGGCGAGCUUCUCCUAUGCAGACAUAGUGUCCACAGGGCCUUUCAAUGUAGUGGACUUCUACUUCGCCAGAUGGACAUCACCCGUCCUCGCGUUCGUCAUCUUCGGCCUCUUCGGUCUCACAUUGGAGGCCCGCGUAUCGUACUGGCGCAUCCUCUGCACCGUCGGCGGCUGGUUCGGCUGGCAACCCAAGCCUCGCGCUCACAGGGCGCGUUCGCCGCUGGGAGAUAUCGAGUUCGGCGAGCGUCCUGCUCAGAAUUCUCUGUCAUUAGGUCUUGAAUCAAACCCGAGCUACAUCAACCCCAAUGCGCGCGCGCAAAAUCAGGACGGUGGAGAAGGAGGCAUCGUGGGCGAUGCAGAGAACGGUUCGGAAGAGGAUAAGGAUGCGAUAGAGGAAGUACGCCUGAGUACUGCCGAGGAGACGUACGGCAAGCGCCCGACGCAGCCUUCCGCGUCUUCCCAGGCUGGCUUCGAUGAUGCUCCGGUCGAGGUGUAG